AAACGUCAUUGUCAAUAAAUUGAAAUUUUCUGCGUUACAAAAUCGGUGGUGCCUUGCUGGAAUAUUCCGAAUAUUCGAAAUUAUCAGUGUUCUUUUCGGUUUUAGUGAAUUUGUUUUUGCACGUGAUUUCACUGAGUAGACAGAGGUGAUAAUUAAUUAAGUGCAACAUGCCUGUGGAUCAAAUUCAGUACUCGCAAAGAUACACUGAUGACGUCUAUGAAUAUAGGCAUGUCAUCCUGCCUCCGGAUAUAGCCCGCCUGGUGCCCAAGUCCCAUCUCAUGACGGAGACAGAAUGGCGCAACCUAGGAGUUCAGCAGAGCCCUGGCUGGCUGCACUUCAUGGUCCACAACCCUGAGCCUCAUGUGUUGCUGUUCCGACGACCUCGGACAGAUGUCCAGCCUACGGUGAACGGAAUAGAUAGUAAUACAAACUCCAGCGUCAAAGUAUGAGGUCGGUGUUGCUAGGGUAAAUUAAUUUUGAAUGUACGGUUUGGUGGUAGAAUGUGGAGGCUCUUUAAGGUAUGAAACCAUUUUGUAUGAUGUCUGUGAUAGUAUGCAUUUAUUAAAAUAUUUUGAAGUAGUCAGGGGUCAUUUUAGGGGUGGAUUUUUGAAAAGAUUACAAUUUUGUAUGAUUUAAAAUGAAUGUAUUCAUUUCGAUUUAAAUAGUAGAAAUUCCAUAAAUAAUAAAUAUUUGCUUGUUGAAAAUUAUUAAUUUCUCUUCGGUUGAUGGGUCAUAACAAAAAGCCUUUACAGUCUAUCACCAAAUCUGAAUAUGCUAUUAUGAAACUAUUACAAUGUGUUAUGAUAUUUAAACAAAUUAAUGUAGGUAGGCUUUAUGCAAUUAUAUGAGAACCAUUGUUUUUAAUAAAAGACUAAUAAUAAUUAUAUUUUGUAUUACAUUAUGACCAAAAUGUUUGUCCAAAUAACUUGAAAUGUUAAUACUUUUAAGAACAAAGAUUAUUUAAUUCCUUUUACGUUUAUUUUUCACUAAUUCAAGGUUUGUUUGCGACCUUAUUACCAUCUGUGAAAACUAACCAACAGUUUUAAGAAUUAAUCAUGAACUUAUUUUUAUCUGGAAUUGUCUGUGUGUCUGUGAGUGUUUGGACUUAUUUAAACAUGUAAUCAUUUCCUCAGGACUUACGCAAUUACUUAAUAUUUACUACUAAAAUAAUACUAACAUUUUGUUUGCCUCGGUUAGGUACCUAUGUUUCUGCUACACUAUUACCACCUUGUGUGAAUAUUUAAAAACUAUACCUGACCGUGUUGUUCAAAAAGUUAUGCAAUCUCAAUUUUAAAUGUUAUCAUAAUUAUCCCUCAUACUUACUUUUGCACAAAAACGUCCCUGAGAAAAAUGUUUGAUAAUCUAAUUCGGUUCUAAACAAAGUAUCAGAUAACAAAGAAAAAAUACUUAUCUUUUAUAAAAAAUCUAGCACACCGAGAUAUUUAUACGUUGAAAUAUUUAAUUAUACUUUGAUAUCAUACUGAUAUAGUAUAACGAAUAAUAUUAUAACUACUCUUUGAGUAAAAAUGUUAUGUUAUGAAGUUUGCAUACAAAGUUUAUGCGUGAAAUAUAAAAAUGAAUUACUAUGUUAGUUGUUCCUAUUCGUGACUGAAGAUUAAAAAGUUUAUAUAUGUGAAAUUGUUGAAAUAAUGUGCCUUUGCUUUGAAGACAUUAUAGUAUAGUAAACUAGAAGAUAUAUUGUAUAGUAUUAAUAUGGAAUUGCAUUCAUAAAACAAGUGUAUUUAUGUAUUUUGUGAUGACAAAAACUGCACCGGGUUAUACCAUUAUUCUGCUAUUAUGAUAUUAGUUUAAUGUUACCGUAAAAUAGAAUAAUAGAAAUCUGUUUAAGUGGUAUAUAUUUUUAAAAUUAUUAUGUAUAUUAUGUUGUGUCAUAUCCUCAUGCUAAAAUAUUCCUAUUAUUCUUGUAAAUUGAGUAAAUUCUAUAACUCAAUCGAUGACAGUAAACCCCUUUGCUUUAAAAUGUAUUUCACUAUAAAAAUUAAACGCCUGGUGUUAUUUUAUUAAUAUUGUUGCAAAUUCCAUAUGACUAAAUAAUAAGUUAGUGUUCUAAGUUGUUUCUUAAGCUUCUGUUAACUAAAUAAAGGUUUAUAUGGGCA